CCUUUCCCUCCCUAUAAAUAACCCAUCAUAUAUCUCAAAUCUCAAUAUCAAUACCUCACUCUAUAGUCACUACACUUAAAAUCUUAUCUAAUUUCAGAUCAACUAAGAUCAAAUCCUAAGUUUAAUUCUCACCAAAUUUUUACAUUUUCUUAAUCAAUCUACCCGAUAUUAAAAAAUAAUAAUGGAGAGAGUAAAUGAGUUGGCUAAGUCUAAGGCAGCAGUAAUAUUUGCUAAGAGUUCAGAUUGUAUGUGUCACAGCAUAAAAACAUUGUUCUAUGAUUUAGGAGCUAGUCCCACAGUGUAUGAAAUUGACUAUGAUCCAAAAGGGAGAGAAAUGGAGAUAGCAUUGCAAAGGCUAGGUUGUAUGCCUAGUGUUCCUGCUAUUUUUAUUGGUGGUAACUUUGUGGGGUCCGCUAAAGAUGUCCUUGCUGCUCACCUUAGUGGGUCCCUCAAAAACAUGCUCAUUGCUGCUAAGGCUAUUUGGUUGUAGCUAUCAAAAAUCCCGUAAACUUAUAGAGUAUAUAAUAUAUUUUAAGAUUGUGAUAAUUAGUACUUUUCAACUUAAGAUAUGAAAGUUAGUAGUUGAAGAAGUAAUUUUAUGCGAAGAGCCUAAAUAUAUUAUAUACUUUAUUAUGAAAAAUAAAAGUGAAUGUUUUUUUUGGGGUUUUUUUGCAUGGGAAUUAUGAAGAGUUUUUGCAUGGGUUUUUUUGGGUUUGGAAGAUAGUGUGGUGUUUUUCAAGGGAUUUCUUUUUUGUAAGCUCUUGAUGAUAGCUUCAUUUUAUGUAAUAAACAAAUGAAAUGUUAAUGACAAUAAAAAGCUUUAUAGCUACAUU